AUGUCCAGCCAGACCUCAGCACCACCAACAAUCACCCUCCACAACGCUCUCCUAAUCCUCCCGUCAUCACCCGUACCUACACCCGGCUCCCUCACCCUCUCCGCUACCACAGGCCUCAUCACCUCCAUCGACCUCAACAGCCUUGAGUUAGCCAUCGACUCCUCCACCACAGCCAUCAAUCUCCAUAGCCUCAUCCUCGCCCCGGGCUACCUCGACCUCCAAGUCAAUGGCCUGGCCGGUGUACACUUCACGCGGCUCUGCCCUUCGGGCACCACCGACCCGGAAGAUGACGCCAAGCUCCUGCAAUGCGCACGCAUGCAAGCAUCCGCUGGCGUGACCGGUUGGUGGGCCACCAUCCCCACCGUGCCGCAGCCGCGCUGGAAGCAGAUCCUGCCCGCGCUGGCACCCAGGAGCUUCGUGGCGGCGGGCGGCGCAGAAAUGCUGGGUGCGCACUGCGAAGGCCCGUUUCUGUGUCCGGCGAAGAAGGGCGCGCAUUGUGCGGAUUUCAUGCUUGAGCCUGCGGCGGUGCCGGUGGGCGAGGUUUAUGGCGAGAGGAAUUUGGAGAUGGUGUUGAAGAUGAUCACCGUGGCGCCGGAGUUGCCUGGCGCGCCGGACUUGAUUCGACAGGUCAAGGCGAAGUGGCCUUGGGUGAGGGUUGCAAUCGGGCAUACCGCAGCAUCGUACGAGGAGGCAGUAGAGGGGAUCAGGGCAGGGGCGAGCAUGGUGACGCACACGUUCAAUGCCAUGAAUGGUGUCACUGGUCGAGAGCCGGGUGUGCCAGGGCUGAUGGAAGGAGCAGAGAAGGGAGUCUGGUACUCGGCGAUUGCCGAUGGGGUUCACCUGCAUCGAGCGGUGCUCGACAUGGCCGUGCAACUGGGCUUGCAUGAUGACGGCAAUGGUAGUGGAAGGUGCAUUGGUAUCACGGAUGCGAUCGAGCUCGCUGGGUUAGAGGAUGGGGUGUACGGAGGCAACGGACAGAUUGUCGGAAGGCAGAUCAAGGAGGGGAACAAGGUCACGAUCGAGGGUACAGGGACGCUGGUUGGAAGCUGUGUGUUGGUGGAUCAUGUUGUUAGGGAGUUGGCAGGAAUCAAUGCCGCAGGUGCUCAAGGGGGCGUGAGCGAGGCUUGGAAGCACUUGGGCGAGGAGGAGAGAGGCAAAAGGCUGGUCAAGGGUGUCAAAGCAGUGAGUGAGAAUGUGGCGGCCAUGAUGGGCGAGAAGGAGAGGGGUUUGCUGGCGGCUGGAAAACGAGCGGAUCUGGUGGUGUUGGAUUGGGAAGGCUCAGUACGCGAGACAUGGGUUGCAGGCACUCGAGUGUUCCAGCGGAUACCGGGAUGA